UGACACCACAGACCUCACCAUGGUGUCCCAGCCCCGGGGGCUGGCCCUCCUCUGCUUUCUGCUCAGCCUGCAGGGGUCUCUGACUGCAGUCUUCGUCACCCAGGAGGAAGCCCACAGCGUCUUGCACAGGCAGAGGCGUGCUAACCGGUUCCUGGAGGAGCUGAGGCCAGGCUCCCUGGAGAGAGAGUGCAAGGAGGAGCAGUGCUCCUUUGAGGAGGCCAGGGAGAUCUUCAAGAACAUGGAGAGGACGACGCAGUUCUGGAUUUCUUACAAAGAUGGGGACCAAUGCUCCUCAAAUCCAUGCCAGAAUGGAGGCUCCUGCGAGGACCAGCUGCAGUCCUAUAUCUGCUUCUGCCUCGAAGAUUUUGAGGGCCGGAACUGUGAGACAAACAAGAACGACCAGCUGAUCUGCAUGAACGACAAUGGGGGCUGUGAGCAGUACUGCACCGAUCACGCAGGGGCCAGGCGCUCCUGCUGGUGCCACGAGGGGUACGAGCUCCAGGCCGACGGAGUGUCCUGCGCAUCCACAGUUGAAUAUCCAUGUGGAAAAAUACCUGUUCUGGAAAAAAGAAAUGACAGCGAACCUGAAGGCCGAAUUGUGGGCGGCAAGGUGUGCCCCAAAGGGCAGUGUCCCUGGCAGGCUCUGCUGAAGCUGAACGGGCUGCUGCUGUGUGGGGGCACCCUGCUCGACACCACCUGGGUGGUCUCCGCAGCCCACUGUUUCGACAGAAUCAGGAGCUGGAAGAACCUGACAGCAGUGCUGGGUGAGCACGACGUCAGCAAGGAGGACGGCGACGAGCAGGAGCGGCAAGUGGUUCAGAUCAUCGUCCCCGACAAGUACAUCCCGCGCAAGACGGACCACGACCUGGCCUUGCUGCGCCUGCAGAGCCCUGUGACCUUCACCGACCACGUGGUGCCCCUCUGUCUGCCCGAGAAGACCUUCUCCGAGAGGACGCUGGCCUCCAUUCGCUUCUCUUCCGUCAGUGGCUGGGGCCAGCUCCUCGAAAGGGGUGCCACGGCCCUGGAGCUCAUGGCCAUUGACGUGCCCAGGCUGAGGACUCAGGACUGCCUGGAGCAGUCUCGCAGGACGGCGGGCUCCCCGGCGUUGACGGAGAACAUGUUCUGCGCCGGCUACCUGGAUGGCACACAGGACGCCUGCAAGGGUGACAGUGGGGGCCCACAUGCCACCGAGUUCCGGGGCACUCGGUACCUGACGGGUGUCGUCAGCUGGGGGGAGGGCUGUGCAGCCGCAGGCCACUUUGGGGUAUACACCAGGGUCUCCCAGUACACGGAGUGGCUGCACAGGCUCAUGCACUCAGAGCUGCACUCUGAAGGCCUCCUCCGGGCCCCACUCCCCUAG